AUGAUUCAUGGAUUGUACUUCUUUGCUUUGGCAUGUCUUAUGAAGUUGUUAAGGGCACUGUGGAAGCGUCCGUUUCCCACCAAUGCCCCCAAGUUAGUCUCAGGGUACCCGGUGGUGGGUGCUCUUCAGUUCUUCUUCACUCAGAAGGAGUUCUGUCGUAGUUCCAAAGCAAACUCGCCCACCGGAAACUACAGCUAUUACCUUGGUCAACAUCAGAUUAUUGGACUAUGUGGCACACAGGGCCGGAAGACAUUCUUCGAAAGCCGAGAACUCGACCUAGGGCAAGGUGCCUCUCUGCUCGUCCCUUUCGCCAAUGUGGUUGAGGAUCCUGAAGAUCCAUCCGUCGAUACCCAUACAUCGCAUCUGCACCACAUAUUUCGCACGCAGCUGUUACGCACCCAGAGCCUCCAAUUCGUUCCUGCGGCCAUAGAAAAGUGUAUUACUGCAGCCUUGAAAAGAAUAACGGAUAAAGGUCUCAUUGACCCCUUUGAGGAGAUGACUUUGUUCUAUGCACAGUCCACUAUGGCCGUAAUGGGAGUUAGCGAGGUGGCGCUUUCCCCCGAGCUGUCGAGCAAGGUAAGUAAAUUAUUGGGUGCAAUGGAGGGAACCUUUCAUGCAUCCGACAUGGUGGUCCCAUGGUUUCUAAAUCCGUUACACAUUCCCACACUCAUCUCGCUGGGGCGGCUGUGGGUAAUGUUGUGGCACAUCAUCAGCAAGCAAAGAAAGCUGGGUCAGCAGCAACAGCCAAGUAAGCGAGAUCCGACGAAGGAGAACAUGUUUCAGGAUAUGAUUGAACAAGGGUGGAGUACGAGAGCAAUCUUCAAGGCCAACAGUCCUACUGUGGCUUCGUGGAUACUGAUGUGGCUUACCACCGACCCACAAUGGAUGGCUCGAGUCCGGCAAGAAAUCGAGCAAGUCAUCGCCAAGCACCGAGAGAAGGGUGAGCCUACGGAAGAUGUCCUCCGAUCGCUGCAUGUCAAUACCUGGGAGCAUGAGUUUCCUCUCCUGCGCGCCUGUAUGCUGGAGGCCAUUAGACUAGUUGUUACAUUGGUCUUGAUUCGUAAGAAUAUCAGCGCAGUCGAUAUUCCUAUCGGAGAUACUGGCGAGGUGAUACCCCCAGGAACCUAUGUAACUUACGACGCUCAUGAAGUGACCCGAGAUCCGAAUGUUUACCCCGACCCCCAACGCUGGGAUCCGGGCCGCUUCCUUUCCGAUCGAGAAGAGCAUUUGAAAGAGGUUAUGGCAUUUACUGGUUUCGGAGGUGGGCGUCAAAAGUGUCGUGAGUUUAGCAUAUAUUCAGACAGCGAUAAUAGUGGCUAG